AAGAAGUUGAGAAAACUCGGUACAUCUGUCUCGUCUCACAUUACUGUUUCGACUUGUGUGCACGUUCGACGUCUCUCAUUCACAAGCUGCCGAUGAGAUUCAUCUUCUCGACGUGUCUGGCGCUGCUAUGCGUCGCAAACCUCGCCAUUUCGGCGCCCGUCGUUCCGGCGUCGAGUGAGGUCUCCGAUCAGGAGAAGGAUGCAGCAGCAAGCCGUCACAGUCGCGAAAUGGAUGAGCUUGAGAGGGAAAUAGAACAAGCCGAAUUAGAAAGCAAUGCUGUAUUUCAAACAGAAACGAAUGAGAUGGAACAAGAGUUAGAAAAGGAAGCAGCAGAAGAAGCAGAAGAAGAAGAAGCAGAAGCAGAAGCAGAAGAGGAAGAAGAAGAAGCAGAAGCAGCAGCAGAGGAAGAAGAAGAAAAGGAAGCAGAAGAGGAAGCAGAGCAGGAGGAGGCAGAAGAGGAAGCAGAGGAGGAAGCAGAAUUGGCAGAAGAGGAAGCAGAGGAGGAAGCAGAAUUGGCAGAAGAGGAAGCAGAGGAAGCAACAGAGGAAACAGAGGAAGCAACAGAGGAACCAGAAUUAGCGGAAGAUGAAGCAGAAUUAGCGCAAGAGGAAGCAGAAUUAGCAGAAGAGGAGGCAGAAGAGGAAGCAGAGGAGGAAGCAGAAUUGGCAGAGGAGGAAGCAGAGGAAGCAGAGGAAGCAACAGAGGAAACAGAGGAAGCAACAGAGGAACCAGAAUUAGCGGAAGAGGAAGCAGAAUUAGCAGAAGAGGAGGCAGAAGAGGAAGCAGAGGAGGAAGCAGAAUUGGCAGAAGAGGAAGCAGAGGAGGAAGCAGAGGAAGCAACAGAGGAACCAGAAUUAGCGGAAGAGGAAGCAGAAUUAGCAGAAGAGGAGGCAGAGGAGGAAGCAGAAUUGGAAGAAGAGGAAGCGGAAGAGGAAGCAGAAUUAGCAGAAGAGGAAGCAGAAGUAGCAGAAGAAGAAGCAGAGGAAACAACAGAGGAAACAGAAUUAGCGGAAGAGGAAGCAGAAUUAGCAGAAGAGGAAGCAGAGGAAGCAACAGAGGAAACAGAAUUAGCAGAAGAGGAAGCAGAGGAAGCAGAGGAAGCAGAAUUAACAGAAAAGGCAGCUGCAGCUGAGGAGGCUAAAGCAGCAGCAGAGGAAGCAAAAGAAGCAGCAGAAGUGGCAAAACAAGCAGCAGAAGAAGCAGAAGCAGCAGCAGAGGAAGCAAAAGCGGCAGCAGAGGAAGCAGGAGGUGAAAACACACCAGUCGAAUCAGAUAUAGAUGAAGGUGAGAUUAAAGAUAUAUUUGAAGCUGAAGCAGUUGCAGGAGAGAGUAUGCCUGAAAGUGAAGACAUGGAAUUGAAUAAAAAUAUUGAAGAAAUAGAAACUGCAUUAGAAGAACUCGAACAGACUGAAUCAAAACAAGAGAUGAAAAAUGAAAUGGAACAAGAGAUGGAAGGAGAGGAGAGUAAGUCAGAGGAAGAAGAUGAAACAGCUGAGAAGGAGGUAUUUGUUAAGAAUGAGAUUGAGAAGCUUGUGACAGAGAUGGAGAAGGGAGAGAUUACACCAGAGGAGGAACAAGAAGCAGUGAUAGAGACUGCGGCUGCUGUAGCGGAUACUGAAGCUGAAGCCGAGCUUCUGGAGGAAGAGAUAGAGGAGAGCGUUAGGAUGGGAGUGAAAGAUGGGGAGACUCCACCAGGUGAAGGCAAAUCCAAGAAAGCAGCAUUGAGUUUUUUUGAUUAGUUGGCUGGUGUGCCCUAAUUGGCAGGCUUUUGGUUUCAGGAAGAGCAGCAGUUCGAGUGUGUCAAGACAUUGUUUUGUCAUUAGAAUAGAAAGUAGUUUUAGCUAAGUGUUGAGAGUUUUAAGCGUGAUUAUGAUAGACUUUAUGAAAUUCUGAUUAACUUAGAGCGUGUUGAAGUAAGUUGUGUUGAAGGUACGCAAGCCUCUCUACUAUCUAUGGCUUUCUA